GCGACUCUAGGAUGAAUUUUCAAUGUUCUUGGAGAACCUGUUGAUAAUUUAGGUCCAUGUUAUUUUCUUGUACCAGCUUUAACUCUGAACUUUUUAAUACGAAUCUUCCAUUUACUAUGAAAAAAUUAUCGUCCAUGAAUAUUCUAACAGACUCGAGUGUUUUUAUCUAGAAAUCUACAAUAUCAAAUCGUCACGAAUUGGGAAUUGGGAAUUGGGAAUUGGGAAUUGGGAAUUGAGAAUUGGGAAUUGGUGAUUGCGGAUUUCAAUCCGAAUCGGGCAAUUGAGCCGGCCAGUUGCGAGUCGAGCACAGCCUAGGAGCAGUCUCCCAGCUCUCUCCCCUCUGCGUGUGACUGGCCGUGCGAGUGGAGAGAGAGAGAGAGAGAGAGAGAGAGAGAGAGUCCUGAAAUGGCAGCAGCUUGGGAUCUGAUGGUGGUGGGUUCGUCAUUGUGGUACUUAUCUUCCUCCUCUUGUUCUCCUCGAAGGGAGAUUAAUGCUGUGAGGAUGGACCCGACCAGGAUUGUCAUUUGUAGUGGUAGAAGAAGUUUGAGAACGAGGAAGAGCUCUUCUUCUCCUCCUUCUUCCAACCCUCAACCAGAAGAAGACGAUGACACCACCAAAAAUAACACCAAAGCCUUCACUUCUCCGGAGGACUUGAAUUAUUUGUGGAAAUUGGGAGCUGGUUCUGUUGGGGGUGCUGCUGUGAUAAAGUAUGGAAGCAUUCUUUUUCCUGAGAUAACAAGACCAAACAUUCUACAGGCUUUGAUCAUCAUCUCAUUACCAGUGAUUGUAGCUGUAUUGCUUUUGGCAAGGCAAAGUCGCAUUGAGGAACAAAGAAAGGAACCUUUCUAAUAGAUCUUUUCAAUAUUCCAUUGAGGUAAGUCAAUACUUUGACUUAUGGGUGCACAUAUAAUUUUAGGACGAUUUUACGCAUGAUCUGUGUACAUUUGAUGGGUCUGGCCAAUAAUAUAGUUCUUUGAAAAUGUGAACUAGUGGUGACUGUUUCCGAAAUCAUUGAGAAUGUGGUUGAAUCCUUUCAGUGAAGGUAGGGGAUGGAAUGGGAUGUGUUGAACUGUGGCUCUAGCCUCAUAUUCACCAUUUUGAACAGAUUUGCCAGCUUCAA